AUGAUGACAAAGAGGCAGCUUGGAUGGCAAAAGUUAUUUCUGAUACUCACAGUACUUCCCUGCUGCAGGAGUUUGCAGGUUUCUAUUCCAAAGGGUGAAUAUGAGAUUGAACGUGGAGAUGAUGUUACCUUGACUUGUACCUUCAUCCCGGCCAGACCAAUCGGAAACACAUUCAUGCUUGAAUGGGAAGCUUACCCUGUCAAUCCUGGUGAUACAAUUAAAUCUGUGGCCACCUUCUAUAUAAACAAUGUGGUUGACAUUGCACGUCAUUAUGAAGGCAGAGCCUUUCUGGAGGUUGACAUGAACAAACAAGUGAGCACACUCCGUUUAGCAAAGGUGACCAUGGAGGACAGCCGCCGUUAUCAAUGCAAUGUCAAGAUCCCCAAUGAUGAUGAGGGAACAACAGCUGCCACCACUUCCCUUUUGGUCCUGGUGGCUCCCUCUGUGCCAGUCUGCAGGAUUAAUGGAAAAGCAGAGUACUGGCAAAACAUCACCCUCACCUGCAAGUCUGAGGAAGGAUCCCCAACACCUACGGCUAAAUGGGAGAGGAAAACAUCAGAUAACAUUGCCACAUCAUUUCCACCUAAGACAACUGAAAAGGAUGGAACUCUGUCUCUCUUCAAUAUUUCAAGAGAAACAUCUGGGUUUUACAGUUGCAAAUCAGAAAAUCAAAUUGGUUCCGCCAGCUGCAACCUUACCUUAACUGUGAUGCCUGCCAGCAUGAACAUUGGGUCCACUGUAGCAAUAAUUGGAGGGGUCAUUGCAGGUGUUGUGGUUGGGGGGAUUAUCCUCUUCUGUUGCUGCCGGAAAAGGAGCAAAAAGAAGAAUGCAGAAGGUGCCCCCGGAGAAGUGUUUUAUGACAGAGAUGCUCCUGAAACUGGAGAGGAGUACAGGGAUGACAAGCCAAACAUCGAGACAAAGCAGCUCAACCAGAACGAAGUCAAAGACAUUGUUCCUGAAAAGAAUUACAGUGUAGGAGCUGCAUAUAAUGACGAUCAGCACAGUCAUUAUAGUGGUCAAGAAAGGCAUGAUGGCAAGGGCAAUGAUAUUGAUUCUCAGCGCUACCAGGACGCCCAGCAGGAUCACAAUCGUGGAAGUCGUGAUAGGCUUGAUGAUCAGCGUGGUCGUUCUAGUGGCAGUCGGGAUCGCCUCAAUGAUCAUCGUGAUUGUUAUGGUGGCAGUCGGGAUCGCCUUGACGAUCAUCGCGAUCGUUAUGGUGGCAGUCAGGAUCGGCUUGAUGAUCAUCGCGAUCGUUACGGUGGAAGCCGCGAUCGCCUUGACGAUCAUCGCGAUCGUUACGGCGGAAGCCGCGAUCGCCUUGACGAUCAUCGCGAUCGUUACGGUGGAAGCCGCGAUCGCCUUGACGACCGCAGCUAUCGAAGCAGUCGCGAUAAUCUAAAUGACCGCAGCGAUCGCCGUGGUGGCAGCCGUGAUCGCCUGGAUUACAUUGAUGACCAGUACUGA